AUGAGCGAUGCCGGGGUACGAUCAUUGCAAGCUAUUGCUUCUCAGUUCAAGAUCACCAACCAACAAUGUUCUCUUUGGAAGGCAUGUGUAACAAAGGCCAAUACAAGGCAUGUGAGUGGCUCCAAUCUUGAAGAUGCGGAUAUGAAUGCAAAAACACUUUUCUUGAAUGAUAAUAAACCUUCUAAUAGGCCUUUCAAGUUGUAUCAUACUUGGCAAAUCUUAAAAGAUUGCCCAAAAUGGAAUGACCUAUGUGAAUCUCCCACACAAAAAUUCAAAGAUUCUUCUCAUAGUGGCAAUACAGUCAAUUUGGAGGAUGAUGAAGAUGAUGUGGUCAUGCCCACUUCAAGGCCGUUGGGAAGAGAUAAACAGAAGGAUAAAAAAAAGAAAGGUAAAGGUGUUGAAAGUUAUCUCAACCAAAGUGGUAAGUUCUUGUCUGAAUUGGUUCAACAAGGAAAUGAGGCAAAAGAGGAUAAGAGGCGAAAAUUAGAGCUCCUACAAGAGCAACAUGCAUAUCAAAUUCAACAAGAUAAGGAGGCCAAUGAACAGAGGAUAAUGUCCAUGGACCUAUCCAAAUUUACUCCAAGAAAGAAGUAUUGGGGGAAUAAGCAAGACGAAAUUAUUGAGGCCCAGAUGAAUAAAAGUUCCCCCUACAAUCCAGAAGACAACUCUGGACACUAUUAUCCAAGCCCUCCACACAGUGGUUAUUAA